AUGAAAGACUAUGAUGUGGAGAUCCAUCACUAUCUAAGCAAAGCUAACGUAGUAGCAGACGCGUUGAGUCGAAAGAUUACUAGAAGUUUGGCAUGUACCCUUAUUCUUCGCAAGAUCAAUGGAUUGCUUGCCAACAUAAUCGUGGAACCCGCGUUGAUUGAAAAAAUUAGAGCACACCAAUGCGAAGACAAACUUUUGAAGAAAAAGUACGAGAAGCAAAGAAGCACGCUCGAUCCUGACUUUACGAUGAGCAAUGGGAUGCUAAAAUUUUAUAAUCGAAUUUGCGUACUCGACCUUCUAGAACUUAAGAAGAAGAUAUUGAUAGAAGCUUAUAGCUCAAGGUUUGCGAUCCACCCUGGAAAAACGGAGAUGUAUCACGAUCUAAAGGAACGCUUCUGGUAG